AUGCGCACCGAGGAGCCCAGGGACGCCCUCCAGAACCCCUUCGCGCAGCGCAACGGCAUGCCGGGAAAUCGCGUGGAAGAUGAGGCCGUCUCGCUCGCCAAGCCCGGCUGGGUGCUGGCGUGCGAGGAGUCUCGCCGCCUGGGCGAAGACAUGGAGGCCCUCGCGGAGCGACUCGUGAGCAGUGAAGGCACGGACACGUCCUUCUCCAGCUUCCCCGGGGAUGUGAGCGGGACCCUGGUCUCCGCGUUGCGCCGGUACCAUAAAGCGAAGGCCGCCGCCAACAACGGCAGGCACGACGUCGCGGUCCAGAGAUUCACCGAGGUGCGCCCCCAGCCCGAUCACUUUUCCGAGCCCGCGCCCCUUUUGCCGCUCCGGUCCGCUUGUCUGUCGGACGUUCCCCACGCCAAUUUUGGAUUUUGGAUUGUCGCUCACCAAGGCCCCUUCGCCCUCACGUCCCCAAACGAAACACAGGCGCUCGGCGACUGCGUUCUGUCGUGGAACGAAGCCAAGGUCAUCACCUCCAUCCAGGUCGCCAAGGGUCUGCGCCUGGAGAUCAGGCGCAACGAGGCGGACACCAGCUCGGUUCUGGUUGCCGCGCACAGGCGCAUCGUGGGCGAGAUCAUCAGCUCCCGGAGCGAGUCGAGGCUGGCGCUCGGACAGAUCUGGCUCGCGAUGAUGGACGCCGAAGCGGGGGUGGACAGCGCCCCGGAGCUGGCGGAGACGCACCUGCGGCUCGGCGCGGUGUACGAGGCGGCCGGGGGCAACGAGCCCUCGCUGAGGGCGUACCAGCGAGCCGCGCAGCUCGACCCAAAGUCAGUCGCGGUGGCGCGAGGACUGGAGCGCAUGAGGAACACGGUGGUGACCCCGCUGGGUAUCACCCCCACGGGCGCGACGCCGACGCUGGGUCCCAACGGUACCCCCAAGCUGAACGGCGGCGGAGGCAGCAAGGGCGGGAAGGUGUUCGAGAUGUCCCUGGAGCAGAUGGACAAGGAGUGGGAGGCGAUCGGACUGGACUGUGUCAAGUCACAGGAGUGGUACGAUUUACGCAGGAAAGCGUGCCCACACGGCGUGCUCGUGGCGAUCGUCGACGCCGUGGAGAACAACGACGCCACGAAGGCGUUGAAGGACGAUCAGCUCAAGGAGAACGACAUAACCACCGAGGAGUACACCGAGAAGGAGCACUUUGCGGAGCGCGCCAUGUCGCUCUUUGCCAAGAAACGACACGAGGGACUCCCGAUCCCGGAGGACUCCACGUGGCUGGACCUCGCGUUCGAGGCUGUGAACAUCGACUCGCUCACGCCGCUGGAGCAGGCUAAGAUCUGCCUGUGCAUGGCCAACAUCUUUUGCUGGUGCGGCGACUUUGCCGGAGCCGACGAGCUGUACACGUUUGCGCUCGAGAUGGAGGAUAUGAACGGCGCGGAUACGCCCUUGGCGGCGUGGCGACCCGCCAUGCUCGCCAACCGCGCGCUGGCCCGCAUGCGCGUGGGUAACAGCAGCGCGGCCGCGGUGGACGCGGAGACGGCGCUUAAGGAGGGUGGUCCCCGCUGGGGCAUCGGGCUGGCUCGAAUGGGCCAGGUUAUGUGCUACAUGAACGAGUGGGCAAAGGCGGCGCAGACGUUUUCCAUCGCGCAGGAACGCGCUGUGGAGAAGCUGGACCUGAAGGCUAAGAUCUCCCUCGCCAAGACCGCCGGCGUCGGGGUGCCCGCGGCGAAGGAGGCUGCCGCCGCCGCGGCUGAGCGCAUCCAGGCUGGAAAGGAAAAGGAGGAGAUGCACGUGGAGUUUGAGGCGCUGGACCGGGCGGUGCAGCUCGAGGCGAUCAGCGCGGGCGAAGCCCCGGCGGAGUCCGAGCCCAUCAUGGGACCCACGCCGAGGUUCAUGUCCGAGCUCACGGGCACCGCGGCGCCCGUGCCGGACGCCCCCGAGCUGUCCUACGGGCCGGACGGCUCGCAGAGGACCGGCGGCGACGGUGGGAUGCGGGGCCGCGUGAGGCCGCUCGGGUCGGCUAACCUGAGCGCCGAGCUUCUCCGGCUGGACGAGCAGACGAAGAGCGGGAGGGAGGCCAAGCGAAAGAGCGGCGCCGCCAUGUCCGUGUCCAUCGGCACGGACCUUCGCAAGGAGAUCGGCGACGAGGUGAAGCAGGAGCCGAGUGCCAAGAACAAGCUCGCGCUCGAGUCUGACCUCAUCGCGUCGAUUGUCGGAUCGGCGGAUAAGAAGAAAGGGGAGGGCCACGAUCUCAAGCGUCCAAGGUACAACGCCUGCGGCGGGAUAGCCAAGUGGGCCGAUCAGGUGUACAAGGACUACGGCCCGCCCGACAUAUGCGGCCUGUUCAAGGCUGGAGGCAAAGAUGUGGCCGACGCGCACAAGGAGGCUGCAAAGGGAACGGGCGACAUGUUUGCGCAGGACGCGAAAGCUCUGCUGGAGACGAUGCCAAAGUCGCCGAGAAAAUCACCGAGGCACGCGACCAAGGCGGAGGCUAAACCGUCGCCCGCGUGA